GGAAAUUAUUCUAUCAAAAACCCUAAACCCUAGAGUCAUUGAACUCAUGAUUAUUCUAUUACCGCCGCCAAGCCCACUUUUUUCCCCGGAUUCAAACCAACUUUUCAAUCACUUGCUUAGCUCAAGAACUGAUAUUGCUUGCUUGGGUUAUUGGUAGAGAGAUGUCUGCAGCAGAUGAGGCAAUCAGAAGGCUAUUUAAAGCUUAUAAAACAAUUUUCAAAAUGCUGAGCGAUCGUGGUUAUUCUGUCGAGGAUUCUGAGAUGAAAUUGACAAUGCAGCAAUUUGUUGAGAAAUUCGGUGAGAAACCGAAGAAGGAUGGCCUUUUCAUGCGCAAGAACAAGGGAGAGAACUCCUCUGACAAGGAUCACAUUUGUGUCUUCUUUCUCGAAGGACAAAAGGUUGGUGUUGCGCAAGUGAGAACUUGCAUAGAACGCUUGAAAUCAGAGAAGGUUUUCAGUGCAAUAUUGGUGGUUGAAAGGGCAAAGGGUUUGAGUCCUGGAGUAAACCUUGCAAUAAAAGAGGUUUCUACACGCUUCCAUAUUGAUGUUUUUGAGGAGGCAGAGCUGUUGUCCAAUAUUUCAGAGCAUGCACUCGUUCCACCACAUACUGUGCUGACAAACCAAGAAAAAAAGGAAUUGCUGGACAAGUAUCGCGUAAAGGAAGCACAGUUGCCGCGCAUUCUGGUGACGGAUCCACAGGCUAAGUACCAUGGCCUAAAGCGAGGCCAAGUUGUCAAGAUUGUUCGAGAUAGCCAAACUGCUGAUACGUAUGUUACCUAUAGAUAUUGUGUAUAACAUUUCACAUUAUUUAGAUCUACUACUAUGAAAAACUUGUGUGCGUUGGGAAUUAUGCCAUCUAUCUAUUAUCUAUUAUUGGGCAUGCCAUUGAAUUUUGUUUACUUGAGGAUUAAAUAAAAUGUCAACAAAAUAUUUGUCUCGUGCUUUA